AAGCCCGUCUCCCCUCCUCCUCCUCCUCCUCCUCUCUCUCUCUCUCUCUCUCUAUGUGCGCGCGUCGAUGGCGUCCAUUUCAGCCAUCGGGCCACCGCCAACGCCCGCGCCGCCGUCUCCAAGACCUUCCGCGACGGCGAGCCGAAGCGGGCCCGCGAGGUCUCGUUCCCCAUGGCGACCGCGAACGCCCCUCCGCCCUCGGCUGUCUCUAUGCUCCUCCUCCUCCUCUGGUGGUUCUGAGCCGAGCUGCAGCGGAAGAGCGCGCGGGCUCCGGCGGCGGGAGGUUCUGGUCCCGUCCACAGCGGGGACGCUGGUUGGAGUCCUGUCGAGCGUUUCUCGCGAUCGGGUCGCCCUCGCUUCCGACUUCGCCGACAUGCCGGCAAUUAGAGGGAAGGAUUAUGGCAAGUCAAAAAUGCGUUAUCCAGACUACACGGAAACAGAUUCAGGUCUUCAGUACAAGGACUUGAGAGUUGGAGAUGGUCCUACCCCCAAAAUGGGAGAGACUGUAGUGGUUGACUGGGAUGGUUAUACUAUUGGUUACUAUGGCCGCAUAUUUGAAGCUCGUAACAAGACAAAAGGCGGUUCCUUUGAGGGAAAUGAUAAGGACUUCUUCAAAUUCAAAGUAGGAUCUCAAGAGGUAAUACCGGCAUUUGAAGAAGCUGUUGCUGGCAUGGCCCUUGGGGGUGUUAGAAGGAUCAUAGUGCCACCAGAACUGGGAUAUCCAGAGAACGACUACAACAAAAGUGGCCCAAAGCCCACUACCUUUUCGGGUCAGCGAGCUCUCGAUUUUGUCCUGAGGAACCAAGGGCUGAUAGACAAGACACUUCUUUUUGAUAUCGAGCUCCUUAAAAUCAUCCAGAGCUGAUCAACUGAAACACGCUUCAGUUAACGAAUGAGGCAACAAGAAGCAACAAGUGAUGGAGAGGGCAUUUUCCUAGAGCCUAGAGUGCAUCAAUCUAGUUCAGCGCCCACUCUAUAAUAUUAGAGUCAACUGUCAAGCGAAGGGAAAUUGAGGAAGUCACCUAAUCAAUUCUUUGUCAAUCUUGGAGAGGCUCUUUUGUUCUGUAAGCUGCAUUUUAGGAAGUACGAAUUCCUUAUCUAUGCUGCCCGAAUUAGCUGGCUAUGUAUCCUAUCACUGUUUUCCCAAGGUGCAUCCAUUCUUUUGCUAAGUGCGAGUGCUUAGCUAAGUUCUAUGAUGUUACAGAGAAGUGCAAGUGCGUCAAGGUUCUAUGAUUUUAUUCUCUCUAAAACUAA